GACAAGAGAAAUUGGUUCAGCGUUGACCAGAAUGUGUAUGAGACACAGAAGUAUAGAAACAAAACUUCGUCAGUUUUCAGCCGCUUUGAUUGAUUGCCUGAUAAAUCCUCUUCAGGAUCAAAUGGAAGAAUGGAAAAAAGUGGCAAACCAAUUAGACAAGGACCAUGCAAAAGAAUAUAAGAAAGCUCGACAAGAAAUCAAAAAGAAAUCGUCUGACACAUUGAAACUUCAAAAGAAGGCGAGGAAAGCUGAUGUUUUUGGAAAGGGGGAUAUUCAGCCUCAGUUGGACAGUGCUUUACAAGAUGUCAAUGAUAAGUACCUUCUGCUGGAAGAAACUGAAAAGCAAGCCGUCCGUAGGGCUCUCAUUGAAGAACGCAGUCGCUUCUGUAGUUUUGUGUCCAUGCUGCGACCUGUUGUUGAAGAAGAAAUGUCGAUGCUGGGAGAAGUAACCCACCUCCAAACCAUUGCAGAUGACCUGACUAAUCUGACUGUGGAUCCUCACAAGCUGCCUUCAGCCAGUGAGCAGGUAAUCAUUGAUCUAAAAGGCUCUGACUAUAACUGGACAUACCAAACUCCUCCAUCUUCUCCCAGCACCACUAUGUCCAGGAAGUCCAGUGUCUGCAGCAGUCUGAACAGCGUUAACAGUAGUGACUCAAGAUCCAGUGGAUCCCACUCUCACUCACCUACUUCACACUAUCGCUAUCGCAGCUCCAACCAGCCCCAACAGGUUCCUGUGAGGCUUUCCAGUGUAUCCUCGCACGACUCGGGCUUCAUAUCUCAGGAUGCGUUCCAGUCAAAAUCUCCAUCGCCGAUGCCACCAGAAGGAACUAAUCAGAAUUCAUCGAGCUCUGCCUCUUCUGAAGCGUCUGAGACAUGCCAGUCAGUGAGCGAGUGCAGUUCCCCCACUUCAGUAAGCUCAGGGUCUACCAUGGGGGCCUGGGCAUCAACAGAAAAGUUGACCAAUGGGUUCGAUCACUUCAGUUCAUCUAGCGAACCAUUCCUUGCUUCAGUUGGUACUCGUUUUCUCCCACAUUUUCAGUCCUCCUCCCGACCCUAUUCCAGACCUAAUUCAGCUGUUCUCCCAGAUUAUCCUCAUUAUUAUACCAUUGGUCCUGGCAUGUUUCCUUCAUCAAGGGUUCCUAGCUGGAAGGACUGGGCAAGGCCAGGUCCUUAUGAUCAGACUGGGGUCAAUACCUUGCAAAGGCGUAAAGACUCAGAGCAGAGACGAGAUGCUGAUGCCAAGGCUGCAGCAACGGCUAUCCAGAGCGUGCAAUCGGAAGAGGCUCAGAGACCUAGAAGUAUAACCACCACAACUCCAGCGAGGGUGGAAGAGCUGGAAGCUCGGGAUGAAUUGGCAUUGGCCUUGAGUCGAGGGCUUCAGUUGGAUACUCAGAGAAGUAGCAGAGAUUCAUUGCAGUGUUCCAGUGGAUACAGCACCCAGACUACCACACCUUGUUGUUCUGAGGACACCAUUCCUUCUCAAGUUUCAGAUUAUGAUUACUUCUCAGUCAGUGGUGACCAAGACAUUGAACAGCCCGAGUUUGACAAGUCCUCCACCAUUCCACGAAACAGCGACCUGAGCCAAUCCUAUCGCAGGAUGUUUCAAGCGAAGCGCCCAGCUUCCACUGCAGGCUUGCCCACAAACACGGGCCCCGUGAUGGUCACGCCAGGAGUAGCAACUAUCAGACGGACUCCGUCAACUAAACCAUCAGUACGAAGAGGAACUGUGGGAGGAGGGCCCAUCCCAAUUAAGACACCAAUGAUCCCUGUUAAAACACCAACUGUGCCUGAUGUUGGCAGCUUGUCAGGAGCACAAUCUGGGCCCGAUGAGUCUCCUGAUCAGGUUUCUGAAGCUGCAGAAAACCAGCCGGUGUCUCCAAAGAGAGGAGGUAUGCCUUUGCCCAGCUGGAAUUCAGCCACACAGGUAAUCGUCAUCCCUCCAGUGCCAUCUCAAACCAUAAGCCCCACAGAAGAGGAGAGAUCAUCUGUGAUGAGCCAACAGAUAACGGAAAACGGAGGGUCCAUCGUAGGCACCACAGUGGCAGCUACAGACGGGGAUCAAUCUUGCACUGGUACAGCUUUGAGCCUUCAGAAGCCGGAGGCAGCAGUCGAGCUGCCUGCUCUGGAUGCUGCAGAAACCCCUCAGGGUGAAGACAUGUUGAGUGCCAUCCGGCGCGGUGUAAAACUGAGAAAAACUAUCACCAAUGAUCGCUCUGCCCCAAGGUUUUCAUAAAUAAACUUGAUAUAAAAUGCUUUGCAGAGGUUAAGAAGGAAGUCUCCGACUUAGAUUACUUCAUUCCAGUGUAUAUUUGAAAAGAAGAAUGAUUCUCUUGAAAUCUCACCGUGUUAUUUCAAUGAAUUUUAUCUGGGGAAAUUCAUAAGAAAGGAAAGACUGACUGGUGGGGAGAAAAAAAAGAACAGCAAUGAGGAACAUGUCACUAGUUGCAUUCUUUUGAAUUUUAUGGCCUGUAAAUAUGAAAGUGUAUUUCUCUUGUAGUUAACUUUUAGCUUUACCUAUUACUUUCCCGCUUCUCUCCCUCUCACCCCCUCCCCCACCCACCCACCACCCCACCGAACCAAACCGUGCCAAAUCAUACCUGAUGUUCUCUGACUCCUUAUAGUUUGACCUUCAGAGCACAACCAGUUGAAAUCUUCAUUGUCGGCGACAGAAAAAACAUUUCUUUUUCUAAAAUUUUGCGACGGGAUUUUUGCAAAGGGGAUUGAUUUAAUGUGGUUUCUGCUGGUGAGGAGUGUGCUUAAUUAAUAGUGCACAGAGGAAACAAAAGUUUUAAUUUAUUGGAUUUGUGGGUUUUUAAAAGAUUUAUUUCUAUAGGGUGGAGCGAUAAGCACCGUCACUCAGUAUUACACUUAGUUACUGUACAAUCAGUAAAAUAGAAAGAAUUAUAGCAGAUUACCAGCUAACCUAUUUUAAGCAAUACAGCGCAAAUAAGGCAUGAUGAGUAAGCGUGGAUUUGAUGUUUAGUCGUAAGCUAACAGUGCCAUGACAGUAACAGUACUUACGAACAAAUGGGAUGCUGUUUCUGUGAUAGUUAAGCAUACUGUAGUUAUUUUCUAGUGCUUAAUGUUGAUCCUAUUGAAAUGAGCCAUAUCUGACUAGAGCUUAUAAGUUUUCAUACGCUGUACAGACUUUGCUUUCAUUUAACGUAACCACUGAAACUGCUUUAAUCGUAUGCAUGCAGCCUACAUUAGUUUUUUGUUAUCGGUGCCCUCAUUGGUUUUUAUGCUUGCUUCCCUCUCCUCCCAACACCCAUUCUAUACUUUUAAAUAUGACUUUAUGCUAAAGCAAUGGAGAAAAAAAAGUGUGUCAAAUAUAGCAGUUAAACCUUAAAGACACAAAAGGUAGCAGGGAGAUCUAGAGUUAAAGAUGCUUUUUCUUGUUUUUUUUAAAAAAGACAGGCCCAGCAGGCUGGGUAAAUAGACCCAUGUAGUGGAAAUUUGAAGAAAUGAUCAAACCUUCAUUUUAUGACAGAGCAGUAGCCUUAGAAUUACAGCUCAGGUCUUAUCCCUUCUGCAGAUAUAUGCUCCAAUAAAUAUACAUUCAGGGGCUUGCUUGUUCCAUAUUGCAGGUCUGUUUGUAACUAACCCCUAUUGAAUGCGGCAACCCACUAAAUGGUGAAUAAUAAUGUUUGAGCAUUGCGUGGUUAUCUGCUCCUAAAAACAUAUCUGAACUUUAAUGUAUUGGAGCUUGUGAUUAACUUGAGGCUUUAUAUUGACAGCUUUGUAUUUUAUUCAUGACCAUAACUAGCGAUGGCUGUUGCAGACCAUAUAAGUUCUCACUAAUUUCCUGCUGCUGUCUUCUCCUCUAUUCCCAUUUUCCUCAAUCUGUUUGGUGCAGAAUGAAGGGACAGAGAGUAACUAUCCUUUGAAAUCCUUUUAAAUGUUUAGUUGUUGUCCUGUUUAUCAAUUCUCUGGAUAAAAUUGGUCAUUGACUUCAUGGCUGGCUAUGGGACAUUGCUGUGCGCAAAUCGGAUGCCAUGUUCCCCUAUAGAGUACACAGUCACAACACUUAACAGUAAUUUCCUGUGAAGCGCUUUGAGGUCUUUUGACAUUAUUAUAGGCGCUACAUCAAAUACAAGGAAUAUUAAUGGCUAGUUGUGUGGAAAAUGCAAGUUUUUUUUUCCAGACUUGCAGGUACUUUACACAACCUUUAGCACCUCAGGAGAUCUUUCAAGUGUUUAAAGUAGAACAGCUUUCUUAAAGUGCAAAACGUAAACGCUCUGUUCACCCAAAGUAGUGGGAAGCUGUUUUAUGGGUACUUUUUUUGUGUACAUAAAGCUCGGUGAGCCAGCAGUUAGUUUCACAGCUGCAAAAAGUUUGAUAACAAGUCCCUGGCUAGAAAAAUAGUAUUAUCUUUGUGGUGCCUGUGGUGAUCCCAGUAUUAAACACAACACAGAGGAAAUCUGUGCUGACCACAAGUCAGACAAAAUUAGCUUUUAGGUUACCUCCAGCUGAUGCAGUUUGCAGAUGACGCAAAUGGUGGUUAGUUACCUAUUAGCUCUUUUAUAUAAAAAAAACUCUGAAACCAUAAGCCCCACAAUUGUAAUCAUUCAAUACCAUAUAUACAAAUAUAGGAAAUCGUUUCAAUAAAAGGUAGUAUGUUAAAGUCCAGAUUCAACAUUACAUAUCCUUGCAUCUCUUAAGAAGUUAAAAAAUUAAAGAAUGUUGCCAAAAUUUUAUUAAAGAAUGUGUAAACUGACCGAAUUGUUUUUGAAAUAGUAAAAACUUGAUGUGUUUUGCAUAUUGUAAAAGCAGGUUAUCACACUGAACCUAGGAUUGUUUCUAAUGGUAACUUAUUGUGGUUUUGUUCCUGGUUUGUAAUGAGAGUUGACCUCUCCUGUGCAGUUUUUUGUUUGCCGGGUGUAAAUAUAACAAUCUGUAAUUUUUGUGUCUCCCUCCUCUGUGUUAUGAUUGCUUCAGCCUAUAUUAAAGAAAUGUGAAAAAUCA